UCUGAUUCUGCAUCAUGGAUGACCUCAGGGAUCCGCAGUCCUUUGGCGUCUUCUUCAGCAAUCUUGAAGAUGACAUUCCCAAGAUGGAGAUUGUGGCCAUGAUCAUCUCCUUGAUCUUCCAAGCGACUGGAAUCCGCGUUCAAGAAAACGACUUCAGCAUGAGGCAUUCUAAGCCAUCUAGAUGUAACAUUGCUAAUGUCAAUCUUCAUGACCUUGAACUCCAGCGACGUACUGUUAAGGCGUUACAGCAGCUGAGUAAUCAUUACAUCCCUAAGGGGUUGGUGAAGAGCGGCCGGACUCUAAGAGUCGACUACUUUCAGUCUAACAAUCUUCCAAGAGCUCCGAUGAGCCAACCGUCAAAGAACCAGACUAAUGAGAAUACAUGUUUAGUGAAGUAUCAGCAGAUGGGGAACGAGACGAGAUCCUUGGAGUUCAAGAGAGGGGGGAACAUCUUGGAGAAAUACAUGAGGAAAGUUCUGUCAAGAUACGUUUGUGGCUUUUUGAACAGCGAGGGUGGACAACUCAUGAUUGGGGUAGAUGAUGAAGGUUUUGUGCAAGGUGUCCAGUGUAAUCACAAGAUUGAAGACAGUUUCCGCAUCAUGUUCGAUCAAUUAAUUCAUAUGUUUGAUCCACCCGUCUUGCCCCCAAUGUAUCGUCUGGACUUCAUACCUGUUAGAGAUGAUAGAGAUAGAAUGACUGAUCUGAAGGUGGUUGCGAUCGAUGUUAAAGCAGGUCAUUCAAACAUGUUGUAUGAGACACCGGAGGGAGAGGUGUUUAUCCGACGAGAUGGGAGUGUGCAAGGACCUCUAAGAGCCAAAGACGUUCAGGCAUGGUGCCGUCUGAAAAUAAGUGAGGAGAACCAAGACAAAGAGAGACUCCUCAAACACCAGAUUGAUGUUCUUGAGAUGCGUCUUCAAAAUGCAGAGUGGACGCAGGGUCAAGAAGUCCAGACUGAACAAAUAGAGAGGUCACAGGGUCACCGAGGCCAGAUAGAGAGGUCACAGGGUCACGGAGGCCAGACUGAUGAAAAAAUAGAGAGGUCACAGGGUCAAGGAGGCCAGACAGAACAAUUAGAGAUGUCAAAGGGUCAAGGAGGCCAGACAGAACAGUUAGAGAUGUCAAAGGGUCAAGGAGGCCAGACUGAACAGACUCUACACAGAUCUGUCCCUACAAACAGUCUAGGCGCUAGACUGUCGCCAACAAUGUCAUCACAGGUUGAACAUUACAAGGGCCUUAAAAGAACCAACUCAAAAUUUUGCGCUAUUCUUUAACAAGAAAUACAACCUCAUCAGCUUUCAAAGAGCUACAUGUACAGAACACACAAGACCUAAUUAGUCUUUCAGUGCCUGCAAAGUUGUAAAUGUUAGAUCUAUUUUUUGUAUUCUGAAAGUGCAAUUAUUGUACAUUUUUUACGUCAUUAACUCGCCUUUGGGCUACUAAAAGCUGUGCAAUCUACUUGUUUAUAGUGAAUAUAUUUCUACUUUUUUAAAUGUGAAGUACAUUUUUUGGUAAUUUAAAAUUAUUUUUGAGUGUGUGAACGUUACUUCGUUAGAACAUUUAACUGGUUGUGAUUGCUACCAUUAACUGACCAUGACUUAGACGGAGAGAGAAUUUAGUACAGUCCCUUGCUGUAGUGUCAAUCAUCCACUGCAUGAUUACCAUUGUACACUGGGAACAAGACAAGGAUAAUAAAAGCAAUAGUAAAGAUAAACUGCAUUAAAAACAAUGGCAAUGGACAAAACUACAUAUUUAAUAUACAUGUACAAUUUUUUUCUGAAACUGGUAAAUCUGGUUAUUUAAUUUGAUACUCCUACAUAAAUGUUUGUUAUUAUAAUUGUUAAGUGUCAUGUUUAUAUGAGGCAAUUUACAGGCAACCAGUUUCAGGCUCAAAGAAAAAAAUUCAAAUGUUAAUUUUACAUAAUUGUCUUGGGGACAGUAAUAAAUUCAACGUUUGUCACCGAUUCAUUUUCUGUCGCAGGACAAUAUUUUGAGUUCAACACGGCAAAAGUGCGAUGUUUAGCGCAAGCCAAGAUAGUAUUAGAAAAAAGUCUCCUUCAACCUGCAGCACAGCUGGUUGCCUCCAAGUUGCCUGUAAAAAUUGCCUCAUGUGACGAAGCCUUAAAAUUUACAAAUGAAUGCAUAUAGGCAGUAGAUCGAUUGAACGAGUGCUGUAUUAGUUAGCACAAUUUAUAUCAGUCUAGUCACUAUCUGUUUUGGUAAAAUGCAAACAUUGUCCGCACGAAAAAAUUUCCAGUACAAAAACAGAAAUGAGUUGAGCUCGGUGCAUACUUCCUGGAAGUGCGAAUGCGAUAAUAAUUUUGACGUCACAAAUUUGCAUAAAUAAAUUCACAACAGUUAAAACGUGUUCAACUCUUACCAAACAUUUGCAGAGAAAACAGGGCCGUGGGACUUAAAAAAAAUCGCUUAGCAUUCGCAUUCGCAGGAAGUAUGAGCCGGGCUUUACUGCACUUGUUCAAAUGGAACUAUCUGAAAUGGAAACUCAUUGAACCUAAGCACUGACCAGGGUCCAUUUUCAAGAGCUUCUUAAGCCUAAAAAAAUUGCUAAGCAAAGGAAACCUUUGCUUACCAGAAUACAGUUACCAGCCAAAGUACUGUGUCAGAUAUAUACAUCCUUUGACUGGUGUCCUGCUUAUUUUGCUUAGCAGAAAAUUCCCCUCGGCAUUCUCUGCAUAACAGACAUGCAACUUUCUACUGUGCAAAAAAAAAAA